AGGUAACUCACAUUACAUGGCUUUAAAACGCUGCCACGAUUCAAGCAGAUUUUAUUUCGUUAGUGUACAGACUGCACACAAAAAUGACGUGCGUUUCGAUUGUAUAUUUUCUGGAUAAUAUACCGCGUUAUAUUUAAAAUAGAGCAAUAACAAUUUUUUUGUCAUAUUUAAUAUUUAUGGUGUAAAAAUUUCAUAAAAACCAAAGAAAACCUAAAAGGAAAAGAACAAGAAGACCUGUAUGGUUUGGGAUAUCAAUAUUUCAGAUUUUAUUUGUGAUUGAACAUUGUGGAUAAUCUAUACUGCUGCUUAUCUGGUCAAACAAUGUCGAAGGUUCGCCUCCAAUGCAGGCAAUACCAGCGUUACUUUUACCAUCAUAAAGAGGGGCCUCACAAAAAUUACAUCCCGAAGCAGCAGCUUUACCAACAACACAAAAAUCGUUACCAACUACAACAGACUUCAUUAAACAUUGUCAACGAAAAUUUUUUGGCUAUAGUCAAUCUGAUAACUUCCAGUGGAUUCCCUCUGUGCACAUUUCCUGUUUGAAAAACAGUUGAAAAUUAUUUCCGAGACCUUAUCACCUACUGUGAUUCUACUCUGAUCUAUAUCACCAUUAGCUGUCCAUUUCAGGACGUGACCCUCACAACAUUGUGAGGGGAAGAUGAGUGUAAAACUAAAAAUAAGAGAGAUAAAACCCUCAAGUUCUUCAGCAUCAUCGUCAACCACAUCAGGAUGCAAUCCGAAUUUGGACAGUCUUGGGAGUGCCUGCUCAGAUGGCAGUUCUAGUUCUGGGUUAACAUCGCGGACAAAUAAUUUAGGAGUACGGGCGGGUCGUUUCGGCCACAUGAAACUUAUACUCCUGUUUCUCUUCAAACUGGUUGUUAAAUUCUGGAGUAUCUGUACUACAGCUUUGUUCAUAAUAUUCUUAAUAUUCUGGUUCUACGGUGGACUUAUUACUUUGCUUCUCGUAAUCAUAGCUUCUCUUGGCUUGUUGUAUCAUGGGCAGGACAUGUUAAUUUAUUAUCCUCAACAACCACGAAAUGCCAGAAUCUAUGUUGAUAUGCCGAGCUUGCUUAAACUGCCAUUUGAAAGCAGCUAUCUUCAGACCAAAGAUGGUACCAGUAUACAUGUAGUACUUAUCAAACAACCCAGCUAUUCUUCUGUGACUGCCCCUACUGUGAUAUUUUUCCAUGGAAAUGCUGGAAACAUUGGUCACCGUUUGAUGAAUGCAUAUGGGUUAUAUACUAGUCUUGGUUGUAAUGUUCUCAUGGUUGAAUAUAGGGGUUAUGGAAAGAGUCAAGGAUCACCAUCAGAAAUGGGUUUAUAUCAAGAUGCUGAAGUUGCUAUGGACUUUCUUUUAAGACAUUCACAGAUAUCACGAGAUAAAAUUGUAGUUUUUGGACGUUCACUUGGAGGUGCCGUAGCUAUAUAUCUUGCUUCUCAUCCUUACUACAGCCAACAUAUACACUCAGUAUUUAUAGAGAAUACUUUUACAUCACUGCCAGAAAUUGGAGCUGUUGUUAUUGGCAUACCUAUAAUUGGGCUUUUACCAUAUUGGUGCUUUAAAAAUCAAUUUCCCUCCAUAAAACGUGUACCAAAGAUCACGGUUCCAGUCAUGUAUUUAUCAGGACUAACUGAUAAUCUUAUUCCGCCACGAAUGAUGAAGAUGUUGUUUGAGUCUACUGUGAAUUCACCUUUGAAGAGGAUGGCUCUGUUUGACAAUGGAACCCACAAUGAAACCUGGCUGUGUCCUGGCUAUUAUGAAUGUAUUUUAAAUUUCAUAGCAGAAGUUUCUAAAUGGCGGAGUACAAGUGCCUUGACAAAUUAUUCAGAUGUCCUUACAAAAAUUGUCUGACCAAGUUUUAUCUAGGAUUUCAAUUUAAUUUAUCCUUAAUUUGUCUUUAAUCUCUGCAUUCAUUGCAGAAUGCUGUCACAUUGUUUUGUUUUAUCACUCAUCUAUUUAAUCAGUACAGAUAAAAGAAAAUCAUCUCUCGAACAAUGAAGAUUCUACCUGAAAUAAUGAACAAAUAAAAUUUCAUUUUACUCUUACAUGUGAUUUUUUUAAAAAAUAAAUUAGUCAUGUAAUUUU